AUGGACAAAGAAAACAGCAACGCUUCAUCCAAGCCUGCUGAAGUGAAUAUAUCAAAUAUUUCAAUUCAGGUGGUCAGUGCCCAAGGGAAGCUGCCAGGGAGACCACCACCACGAAAACUCAUCAGCAGAGCCAAAUUCAAGAAGACACCACCUGGGAAGAAAGCUCCCUUUUGGAACGUCCAAAACAAAAUCAUCCUCUUCACAGUGUUUUUAUUCAUCCUGGCAGCCAUAGCCUGGACACUUCUGUGGGUCUACAUCAGUAAGACAGAAAGCAAAGAUGCUUUUUACUUUGUUGGGAUGUUCCGCAUUACCAACGUUGAGUUUCUUCCUGAACACCAACAGAAAGAGUCCAGGGAAUUUCUUUCAGUGUCACGGACGGUGCAGCAAGUGAUAAACCUUGUUUACACCACAUCUGCCUUCUCCAAAUUUUACAAGCAGUCCGUCGUUGCAGACAUCAGCAGCAACAACAAGGGUGGCCUCCUUGUUCACUUUUGGAUUGUGUUUGUCAUGCCACCUGCCAAAGGCCAUAUCUUCUGUGAGGACUGCGUGGCGGCUGUCUUGAAGGACUCCAUCCAGACCAGCAUUAUAAACCGGACCUCUGUGGGGAGUUUGCAGGGUCUGGCUGUGGACAUGGACUCUGUGGUACUAAAUGCUGGGCUUCGGUCAGAUUACUCUUCAACCAUAGGAUCUGGCAGAGGCUGCUCUCAGGACUUCUAUGCAGAGCACCUGUCUCUCCGAUACCCUCUGGAGAUUUCUGCAACUUCAGGGAGGCUGAUGUGCCAGUUUAAGCUGGUUGCCCUAGUGGGCUAUCUGGUUCGUCUCUCCAUCGAGUCCAUCCAGAUAGAAGCAGACAACUGUGUCACCGACUCCUUGACCAUUUACGACUCGCUCUUGCCAAUCCGGAGCACCAUAUUAUACAGAAUCUGUGAACCCACAAGAACAUUAAUGUCAUUUGUUUCCACAAAUAAUCUCAUGUUGGUGACGAUUAAAUCUCCUUAUAUACAGAGGCUGUCAGGAAUCCGUGCAUAUUUUGAGGUCAUUCCAGAACAAAAAUGUGAAAACACGGUGUUGGUCAAAGAAAUCACUGGCUUUGAAGGGAAAAUCUCGAGUCCAUAUUACCCAAGCCACUAUCCUCCGAAAUGCAAGUGUACCUGGAAAUUUCAGACUCCCCUGUCAACACUUGGCAUAGCACUGAAAUUCCAUAACUAUUCAAUAACCAAGAAGAGUUUGAAAGGCUGUGACCAUGGAUGGUGGGAAAUUAAUGAGCACAUGUACUGUGGCUCCUAUGUGGAUCACCAGACGAUUUUCCGAGUGCCCAGCCCCGUCGUUCACAUCCAGCUCCAGUGCAGCUCAAGGCUUUCAGACAAGCCACUGUUGGUAGAAUAUGGCAGCUACAACAUCAGCCAACCCUGUCCUGAUGGAUUCUUCAGAUGCUCUUCUGGCUUGUGUGUCCCUCAAGCCCAGCGCUGUGAUGGGGUAAAUGACUGCUUUGAUGAGAGUGAUGAACUUUUCUGUGAGGUUCUUAAGCCUGCUUGCAACACCAGCUCCUUCAGGCAGCAUGGCCCUCUGGUCUGCGAUGGCUUCAAGGACUGUGAGGAUGGAAAGGAUGAGCAGAACUGCACCCAGAGCAUCCCGUGCAGCCAUGGAACUUUUAAGUGUGGUAAUGAUGUUUGUUUUAGGAAGCAGAAUGCGAAAUGUGACGGGACAGUGGAUUGUCCUGAUGGCAGCGAUGAAGAAGGCUGUAGCUGCCCCAGGAGCUCUUCUGCCCCCUACCGCAUCAUCGGGGGCACAGACACACUGGAAGGGGGCUGGCCAUGGCAGGUCAGCCUUCACUUUGUCGGGUCUGCCUACUGUGGCGCAUCAGUCAUCUCCAGGGAGUGGCUUCUCUCAGCGGCCCACUGUUUCCAUGGGAACAGGCUGUCUGACCCCAUGCCAUGGACCGCUCACCUGGGGUUGUAUGUGCAGGGGACCGCCAAGUUUGUCUCCCCGGUGAGAAGAAUUGUGGUCCACGAAUACUAUAACAGCCAGACUUUUGACUAUGAUAUUGCUCUGCUACAGCUCAGUGUCGCCUGGCCUGAGACCCUGAAACAGCUCAUUCAGCCCAUAUGCAUUCCUCCCUCUGGCCAGAAAGUGCGCCCUGGGGAGAAGUGCUGGGUAACCGGUUGGGGGCGAAGGCAUGAAGCAGACAGUAAAGGCUCCGCUGUUUUGCAGCAAGCGGAGGUAGAGAUCAUGGACCAAACCCUCUGUGUCUCCACCUAUGGGAUCAUCACGUCACGGAUGCUGUGUGCCGGGGUCAUGUCAGGCCAGAGAGAUGCUUGCAAAGGAGAUUCGGGUGGACCUUUAUCUUGUCGAAGAAAAAGUGAUGGAAAAUGGAUUUUGACUGGUAUUGUUAGCUGGGGAUAUGGAUGUGGAAGACCAAACUUUCCUGGUGUUUACACAAAGGUGUCAAACUUUGUUCCUUGGAUUCAUAAAUAUGUCCCUUCUCUUUUGUAAUUGGAUUUUUGGCUAUGGUUCCUGUGACAGAUUCUUGAAUAAGAAUGCAAUAAUUAUCAAAUAAAAUGAGUCACUUAAUUCUGGAAAUGUCAGGUUGCCCACAUUCUGUAUUUAUUGAAAUAUACGCAGAUUAAUAUGUAUUUUAUUCCAUUAAAAAUUGUCUUGGGAUAUAAGUAUCUUCAUUCUUAAGUAUCAAAAAGCUAUAGGGUCAGGGAUGGAAGAAACCUAAAGUACCAUCAUGAACCGAGCUUCUAAAAUAAGAUGGGAAAUGAAUGAAACGCUUACUUUAUUUUAUGUGCCCAUACAAGGUACAAGGUACAGAUAUUGGUAAGGAUUUAAGCAAAUUUGAUUUACUGAAAUAAAAAAUUCUGUUAGAAAAAAAAGCCCUGGUCUCUAGCUUUCUCUUGAAGUUAAGUGUGCAAAAAUAUUCCCUUUACAAAUGCAAAUAAAACUCAGUCGCUGCUAGAGGAAGUACCUAUAUUCCUGCUUUUAAAUCCAAGUUUACCUAAUCAUGUUGUUGUUGUUGUUGGUUGCCUUCCACUCGGCUCCAGACUCAUGGUGACCUCAUGUACAACAGAACAGAAUGCUGCCCGGUCUUGUGCCAUCCCCAUGGCCGGUUGCAGAUUGGAUCCCUAACCUUAUUAGGUUAUGUAAUAUCUUCAGCUUGGCAUGUGGUAGUCUUGUAUACAGGGAAACCAAUUUACCAACAAACAAAACCAUUGGUUAACAACCUUCACUCAGAUUAUAGAAUGAAGCAUCUUGGUAGUUUGGACUGAAAGUAUGAGUAUGGGAUUCAAGGAAAUUGUGGUAAUACUGGCCAGCAGUUGAAAAGCAAGGGAAUUUUUCAUUAUAGUUAUUGUCCUAGUCUGGGUUCUCUAAGAGGAGCAAAACCAGUGAAGCAUAUGUAUAUAUAUAGAGAGAGCAAUUUAUUUAAAGGAAAUGGCUCAUGCAGUUGUUGGGGCUGGCAAGUCUCAAAUCCGUGGUUCAGAAGACACCAGUCUGAUGACCUCUGCUGGUUCACAGGGCUGCAGGGGCUGAUGAACUCAAAACCUGCAGGUCA